AUGGCCUAUCACAAAGUAAACGCAGACCAGAGAGCACAGGGUCAUUCUCCAUACCUUGACAACGAUGAGCUCCAAGCUACAGCACUGGAACUGGAAUGGGACAUGGAAAAAGAGCUGGAGGAGCCUGGCUUUGACCAUUUCCGACUGGAUGGUGCAGUCCAGCAUCACCUGGGAAACUCACAGAGCCCUGACCUUGAUCUUGAGCCCAUCCAGCCUUCAUCUUCUCCAAAGGGGAGAUUCCAGCGGCUUCAGGAAGACCCUGACUAUGUCUCUCACUAUACAAGACAGACACCAAAGAGCAACCGCUGCAGUUUUUUUCAGAUACUCAAAGUAUUUUGCACUGCUUUGAUUUUAUUUAUUUUUGGAAUUGUGAUAGGAUAUUAUACGCGCAAGAAAUGCCCUUCUCCCCCACCAUCUCAAGAACCAAAUAACCCUCAUAUCUACCAUGAAAUUCUCAAGGAAAUCAAAGCUGAACAUAUUCAACAGAUUUACAG